GUCUUCUCUGCAUUUCUGUUGUGCCUCCAUUGCGAUUCCCUAACCGCCACUUCUUCUUCUUCUUCUCCCUUCCUUCCUCGUUUUUAACUACACACAGACUACACUAUCACCUCCAUAAUAACUACUCUCUCGCGCUCUCUCUCUCUCUCUUACAGCAAUAUAUCUGCACUGCUACAACUACUAGAGGCUUACUCUGUUUGUUGUCUCCUCCUUUUCUUCUGUGUUUGCAAUGUCGACUAUCAACCUUCCCACCGGAUUAUACACCUUGAAGUCCGACUCUACUCGUUCCUACGAUCGCCUCUCAUCGACCAAAAGCUUCGCCGAUUCUCAUUCGUUCUUCUUCUCCGAUUCCGUCGUCAGGAAACGAGCUCCGAUUCGGAACCAAAUUCAGGCCGUGCAAAUUGAUGGCGUAAAUUCCAAUGCUAAUGUUAACAUCUCCAUCCUCGACGGUUCUGCGUCCUCUUCUAGUGAUCAAGUUUUAAGGUCAGGGGAUGUGCAUCUGAAUCAUCAAAGGAAAACAAAGAUAGUUUGCACUAUUGGUCCCUCAACAAGUUCACGUGAGAUGAUAUGGAAACUGGCAGAUGCUGGAAUGAAUGUUGCACGUCUAAAUAUGUCCCAUGGAGACCAUGCAUCACAUCAGAGAACCAUUGACCUGGUUAAAGAAUAUAAUGCUAAAUUUGAUGACAAGGCUAUUGCUAUAAUGCUGGACACAAAGGGACCUGAAGUCAGGAGCGGAGAUGUGGCAAAACCAAUUCUUCUUAAGGAGGGUCAAGAGUUCAAUUUCACCAUAAAGAGAGGUGUGAGCACAGAUAACACAGUUAGUGUGAAUUAUGAUGAUUUCAUAAAUGAUGUGGAUGUUGGUGAUAUACUUCUAGUUGAUGGUGGAAUGAUGUCAUUAGCUGUGAAAUCAAAGACAGAGGACUUGGUUGGAUGUGAAGUCAUUGAUGGUGGAGAGCUAAAGUCGAGACGACAUUUAAAUGUACGUGGGAAAAGUGCGACUUUGCCUUCAAUAACAGAAAAAGACUGGGAAGAUAUCAAGUUUGGGGUGGAGAAUCAAGUUGAUUUUUAUGCUGUUUCUUUUGUGAAGGAUGCUGAUGUGGUCCAUGAGUUAAAAGAUUAUCUAAAAAGCUGCAAUGCUGAUAUUCAUGUGAUUGUAAAAAUUGAAAGUGCUGACUCUAUACCAAAUCUGCACAGUAUCCUUUCUGCUUCAGAUGGGGCAAUGGUUGCCCGUGGUGACCUUGGUGCUGAGCUCCCAAUAGAGGAUGUCCCUUUGCUGCAGGAAGACAUCAUUAAAAGGUGUCGCUGCAUGCAAAAGCCAGUUAUAGUAGCAACAAAUAUGCUUGAAAGCAUGAUUGAUCACCCAACUCCUACUAGAGCUGAAGUUUCUGACAUUGCAAUUGCGGUGCGUGAAGGUGCCGAUGCAAUAAUGCUUUCUGGAGAAACUGCCCAUGGAAAGUACCCGCUGAAGGCUGUGAAUGUAAUGCACACUGUAGCAUUGAGGACUGAAUCAACUCUACCAACAAGAGCUUCUCCAGAGCAAUCUGCUUUCCGCAAGAGCCAUAUGGGUGAGAUGUUUGCUUUCCACUCGAGCACAAUGGCUAAUACACUUGAUACGCCUAUUAUGGUCUUUACAAGAACUGGUUCUAUGGCUGUAAUUUUAAGCCAUUAUCGGCCAUACUCAACAAUUUUUGCUUUCACAAACAACGAAAGGUUGAAGCAGCGCCUUGCUCUCUAUCAGGGUGUCAUGCCUAUAUAUAUGGAGUUUUCAAAUGAUGCAGAGGAGACCUUCUCUCGAGCUUUGAAGCUUUUAUUGAGUAAGGGCCUUGUGAAUGAAGGACAGUUUGUCACCCUUGUUCAGAGUGGCGCACAACCAAUCUGGCGUAGAGAAUCUACUCACCAUAUACAAGUUCGCAAAGUUCAAAGUUGAUAAAUGUUUUUUUUUUUUAUUUUUAAAUUAAAAAUGAAACAGGGAAAUUUCGGACUUAAGUUUGUUUUUUCUCCUAGUUCCCAUUUUAUGAAUAUGGAUGAAUUUUCAGAGUGGGAAGGAUUUUUUGGUGUGAAAUUAUUUGAAGAAAUUAGUUUUAUUUA